AUUUGCGCUACACCGUAGUAAAGUAGAGCGCAUCUACACUAACAUUUAAGUGCUUCAUUCAAGUAAAAUCAUUAAAGCUGAAAUGAUGCAUUUUAUACAAAUUUCUUUAAUAUUUCUAAAUAUUGUUGCUAUUUUCGUGAGCAGUUCUGACUCUGCUGAAACCGAUCCCUUUAUACAAAUCGGUAAAAAGUACUACUUCAUCAAUGACUUAUUGAAGAUGAACUGGUUUGCAGCUUCCGAUUAUUGUCGCAAACUUGGCGGUGAUUUGGCGACCAUUGAAUCGCAUGAAGAAUUACUGGCACUGCAAGAAUAUAUUUUAUCCAAACGGGUUAGGCUACGACAACUUUGGAUUGACGGCAAUGAUUUGGCAAAAGAAGGAGUAUUUGUGUCACACACCACUGGACUACCUUUAACCUACACUAACUGGUAUAACAAUAAUCCAAGAGAUACCAACAAUGAAGAUUGCGUUGAAGUUGUUUUACAAUUAAAAGACACACAACUUCUAAUGAAUGACAAUAAAUGUGAAUUUGAAUUCCAUGCGAUUUGUCAGUAUCGCGUACCUAUCAUGCAAAAGAGUAGAAGGGAAAUCUGUGUGCCCAUUACUAAAAACGUGCACUGUAUGCUGCGAGACUUAGCUGAGGCUUUUACAGAGGCAGCCGAUAUGUUUCAGUCAUGUUCGCAGCCGGUUCGGUGCUCAACAUCACCUCGAACUAGCGUGUUUUAUAAAAAUUUCCAAUUGAACUAUUAAAUAAAAGAGCGCCAGAGUAUGUCAAUUUAUGAAGGAUACAAAACAAA